CUGUAAUACAAAGGAAGCGUAAAAAGUUGGCUUCUUUUGCUUUAAGAUUGCCCUUCUUUUUCUGUUUGUAUCAGCAGUAAGGAUUGUGCUUAGAGUUAUCAAACGACUCUCAAAUGAGUGUCUUAAGUUAAAAGAGUUAAAAGAAGCUGCAAAAGAACACAACUAUGGCGUCUCGAUUGCAGCAGAUCGAAAAGGAUGAAUCUGUGCUCUUGCGUGUCACCCAUGCCAAUCUCAAGUCCUUCACAUCUGAUGUUCGUUUUUCCCUUCAGAUGAGCGUGGAGUCUGUCAAGGAAAAAUUGUGGAGAAAAUGUGGUACUUCUGUGAACUCUAUGUGCCUCGAACUCUACGAUGAUUCCGGUUCUAAAAUUUCCGAUUUGACGGAUAAUUGCAUUCCCUUGGGCUUCUAUUCUCCCUUAGAUGGGUACCGGCUGCAUAUUAUUGAUCUUGACCCCUCAUCAGUUACUUCUGGUGGUUGGCUUGAAGAUACCUCACUAGUGGAGAAGUUCCAGAUCUCUGAAGAAGCCUAUGAUAAACGUGAUGACACAUUUAGAAAAUUUAAAGAAAAAUUGGCAUCCCAGAAUCCUUCAGCAUUUGAGAGUAAAAUAUCUGAUAACUACAUGGAAGAGCUCUGUGCAAAUAUUAAGGUUGGUGAUAGAUGUCAAGUUGAACCCGGGGAGAAACGGGGUGUUGUGAAAUUUGUUGGCCGGGCUGAAUCGCUUGCUCCUGGUUUUUGGGUUGGAGUUCAAUAUGAUGAACCAUUGGGAAAAAAUGAUGGCACGGUAAAAGGGAUCCACUAUUUUGACUGCUCUCCUUUUCAUGGUGCGAUGGUUAGGCCUGACAAAGUGAAGGUUGGCAACUAUCCUGAACGGGACCCUUUUGACGAUGAAGAUGAUGAGAUAUGAACAGUUCAUACUCAGAUUGGUAUUUGUAGCAUUUAUGGAUCUAGCCAACCUACUUUCUGAAGCCUUGAUGAAUUAUUGAUUUCUUUUGGAAGUAAUAAAGACAGAGCUUCAGAUGGCUUUUGCUCAUGGUGGUUUGAUAUGGUUUCACGAGCUUUACUUAAAGGAAGCUAUUUUCUUGCUGGGAAUUUCUUGAAAGAAAACAUAAACAAUGAUGACGUUCAGAUCUUCGGUGAUUGUUGUAUUGAAAACUGUUUUUGGUAGGGUGUUAUGAAUUGCAUUGUUAAUUGAAAAAAAAGAAAUAGAUAUCGCAUUGGAGUGAAGAUUUUGCAUUGUAUUUCUAUUAGUAAAGUCUUUUUAGUUGUUUUGACUUUUGUAUUGCAAUGCAAGUCUCGUACGAACUCUUAAUACACAUAAAGGUUUCCCUUCAUGUGUAUGUUUCUCUUUCCUUUAAUGCCCACAUAUUUCAAUCAUUUACGA